AUGGCCCGGGAUUACGACCAUCUCUUCAAGCUUCUUAUCAUCGGAGACAGCGGUGUUGGCAAGAGUAGUUUACUGCUAAGGUUUGCGGAUAACACUUUUUCAGGCAGCUACAUCACAACAAUUGGAGUAGACUUUAAAAUCAGAACAGUGGAAAUCAAUGGGGAGAAAGUGAAACUGCAGAUUUGGGAUACUGCCGGGCAGGAGAGAUUUCGCACAAUAACAUCAACAUAUUACAGAGGCACACACGGUGUUAUUGUUGUUUAUGACGUUACCAGUGCAGAAUCCUUUGUCAAUGUAAAAAGAUGGUUACAUGAAAUAAAUCAAAAUUGUGACGAUGUGUGUCGAAUAUUAGUGGGGAAUAAGAAUGAUGAUCCUGAGCGGAAAGUCGUGGAGACUGAAGACGCCCAUAAAUUUGCUGCACAGAUGGACAUACAACUGUUUGAGACUAGCGCCAAAGAAAAUCUAAAUGUUGAGGAGAUGUUUAACUGCAUUACUGAGCUAGUUCUCCGAGCAAAGAAAGAAAACUUGGCAAAGCAACAACAGCAGCAACAGAAUGACGUGGUGAAAUUAACCAAAAACAGUAAAAGGAAAAAGCGAUGCUGCUAG